AUGGGUCUCCUCUAUCCUUCCGGUGUUGUAAUCGUGGCAGCAGCGGUGGUAGGACUGUACUACCUCUUCCGCGGUGAAGGCGAAAAGAUUAACAUCGGUUACUUCCUCGAGUCGGUGUCUCCGUAUGCCUGGGCGAACUUUGGAAUUGCCAUGUGCAUUGGCUUGUCGGUGGUUGGUGCGGCAUGGGGUAUCUUCUUGACCGGCUCCUCGAUCGUUGGUGGAGGUGUCAAAGCACCCAGAAUCCGUACCAAGAACUUGAUCUCGAUUAUUUUCUGUGAAGUCGUGGCUAUCUAUGGUGUCAUCAUGGCCAUCGUCUUCUCCUCCAAGCUCAACCUCGUUGAAGGCGAUGAGGCCUUCUCUGGCAGCAACUACUACACCGGAUACGCGCUGUUCUGGGGCGGUAUCACUGUGGGCGCCUGCAAUCUGAUUUGCGGUAUCUCCGUCGGUAUUAACGGAAGUGGUGCGGCCCUGGCCGAUGCUGCUGACCCUAGCUUGUUCGUCAAGAUUCUGGUUAUCGAAAUCUUCAGCUCCGUUCUCGGUCUCUUCGGAUUGAUUGUUGGGCUUCUGGUUGGAGGAAAGGCACUCGACUUUGGAGCUGCUUGA